AUGGGAGCACAAUCAGAAGAAUAUCAAACACUUCAUAUGAGCGAAGUCUUGUCUUCAGAGGCUGAAAAGUCAACCACGUUGACUGAUGAGGAGGCUCAGCCAAAUCUUGAAGAAGUGGAGAAGAUCAUAGGCUAUAGCUUCAACAACAAGGUUUUGUUAAAAGAAGCUUUUACACAUUCUUCUUUUCUGUCCACAGAGCGCUCUGCCUCUUCUUAUGAGCGUUUGGAGUAUGUUGGGGACGCUGUGCUCAAUUUGUUGUUCAGCAGAGAACAAUACAAUUUGUACCCGGACUUGCCACCCGGCAGGCUGACCCGGCUCCGGGCGGCCAAUGUUGAUACCGAGAAGCUUGCACGUGUGGCUAUCAAACACGGGUUGCACCGCUACCUGCGGCACAAGAAACCCUUGCUUGAAGAACAAAUUCGAGAAUUCACCCGAGCGAUUUCGCAUUAUCCACUGCAUUCCAAUGGUCUCAUAGAUGCUCCAAAGAACCUUGCAGACAUUGUUGAAUCAACAAUAGGAGCAGUUUUCAUGGACUGUAACUCAAUUGACACUGUGUGGGAGGCGUUUAAGGAUUUGUUGGAGCCGAUAAUAAAUCCGGGGACCAUAAAGACGCAUCCUGUUACACAGCUUUAUGAAAUAUGCCAAAAGAACAAUCUAAAACUUCGGUUUGUAGAUUUGUGGGAGGAAAGCCACACGGUUGAGGUUUUCAUAAACAAUGAGAUUGUUGGAAGAGGUACUUACAGCCUUAAAAAGGAAGUUGCACAAAACAGAGCAGCAAAAGAUGCAUUGGACAACAUUUGGAAAGUAUUAGGUGAGGAAAAAGAAAAUGCCCAAGACCAAGACCAAGAGGCAAAUUGUCAAUCUGAGGAACUACCUGAAAUGAAAAAUCUUAAUGUGUAG